GUCUCCGGCUUGGAGUAGCGCAGCCUCCAGUCGAGACAAGCGCCCUGGUGCUUGUGCGUCUGGCGGACCCCGGGUUGGUUAACUGACUUACUCUCCGCGCGAGUCUCCAAGUACCGGCGGCUCUCGGGCCUGGUGGUCCCGGGCGGAGAGACUGGUGGGGAGCCCUUGGGAGAUUGGAACUGACCCGUCCGAAGUGCCCCCCGAUCUGCACCGUGACUCUCACUGGGGAACUUCGGGCGCUGUUGCGGGUCUUUGUCUCCGGUGGGGUGUCUGGACUCGGCAGGCCCAGUCCCUGGCCAGCACCCCGCGCUGGGGGCCAUGGAGUUCACCGCGUCGCCCAAGCCUCAGCUCUCGUCCCGGGCCAACGCCUUCUCCAUCGCUGCGCUCAUGUCGAGCGGCGGCUCCAAGGAGAAGGAGGUCACGGAGAACACCAUCAAACCGCUGGAGCAAUUUGUGGAGAAAUCAUCUUGCAGCCAGCCCUUGGGUGAGCUGACCAGCCUGGAUGCCCACGGGGAGUUUGGGAGUGGCAGCAGCGGUGGCGGCAGCAGCCCCUCCUCCUCCUCUCUGUGCACGGAACCUCUGAUCCCCACCACGCCCAUCAUGCCCAGUGAGGAAAUGGCCAAAAUUGCCUGCAGCCUGGAGACCAAGGAGCUAUGGGACAAAUUCCAUGAGCUGGGCACAGAGAUGAUCAUCACCAAGUCGGGCAGGAGGAUGUUCCCAACAAUCCGGGUGUCGUUUUCGGGAGUGGAUCCUGAGGCCAAGUACAUAGUCCUGAUGGACAUCGUCCCCGUGGACAACAAGAGGUACCGCUACGCCUACCACCGGUCCUCCUGGCUGGUGGCUGGCAAGGCCGACCCUCCGCUGCCCGCCAGGCUAUAUGUACACCCCGAUUCUCCUUUUACGGGUGAACAGCUACUCAAGCAAAUGGUGUCUUUUGAGAAAGUGAAACUCACCAACAAUGAACUGGAUCAGCAUGGCCACAUCAUUUUGAACUCAAUGCAUAAGUAUCAGCCUCGAGUACACAUCAUUAAGAAGAAAGACCACACAGCCUCAUUACUCAACUUGAAGUCUGAAGAAUUUAGGACAUUCAUCUUUCCAGAGACAGUGUUCACCGCAGUCACUGCCUACCAGAAUCAACUGAUUACCAAGCUGAAAAUAGAUAGCAACCCCUUUGCCAAAGGAUUCCGGGACUCCUCCAGGCUCACUGACAUUGAGAGGGAAAGUGUGGAGAGCCUGAUUCAAAAGCAUUCCUACGCCCGCUCACCCAUCCGUACCUAUGGAGGAGAAGAGGACAUCCUGGUGGAUGAGAGCCAAACCACACAAACCCGAGGGUCAGCCUUUACAACAUCUGAUAAUCUGUCCCUAAGCUCCUGGGUAUCAUCUUCAUCCAGUUUCCCUGGAUUUCAGCACCCACAGUCCCUGACUGCCCUUGGCACCAGUACAGCAUCCAUAGCAACACCCAUUCCUCAUCCCAUACAGGGAUCUCUGCCACCUUAUAGCCGACUUGGGAUGCCUCUGACCCCAUCAGCCAUUGCCAGCUCUAUGCAAGGCAGUGGCCCCACAUUCCCUUCAUUUCACAUGCCUCGAUACCAUCACUACUUUCAGCAGGGGCCUUAUGCUGCCAUUCAAGGACUGCGCCAUUCCUCUGCUGUGAUGACGCCAUUCGUAUGACUCUUCUAGAAAUGGGGAAAUUCCAGACCCAGAAUGUGCAGUCUGGGUAUGGAAAUGUCAGAGAGGGUGGGGUGGUGGGGUGGAUGUUGGAGCAGGGGCUCUCUAGGGACACAGGACCUAUGAAAGGGGAGAGCUGGACUCAGAAUAAACUUCCGCUGGAGGAGUGUGCCAAGGACCAGGAUGCAUCCGUCGUUGGGGGCACAUUUGCUGGGUUCAGUGUAAAGUUCUCAGCCAGCCAACUUCUGCAACUAUAUGGAUGUCAUCUUGCUGAAAAAUAAGAAUGUUUGGACACACUAAUGUUUAAUGAGGCAGACCAGAUGAAUCUUAGGGCGCAUUAUUUCUAGUGGUUAAAAAAAAUGCUGUGUUGAUGCAGUAAUGUAUAAAAUCCAUGUGUAUAGGCUUUCUUUCUGCUUCCACAAGUUAAGAGAAUUUUCAAAGAGGCAAUACUACAUAACGUGCUGAUGAUAUCGAUUAACUUAAGUUCUCCCUGGAGAAAAUGGGAGCUGAUAGAGAAAUAUUUGUAGCACUGUAGCUUAAGCAUGUUUAGUUUUCCUUUGUGUUAGUUUGCAGGGAAAGGAACUGGGAUAAUGCUAAUGUAUCUUGUUUUGUGGAUGAAUAGGCUAUAAUUACCUCACAGACUUCUUUUGUAAUACUGAUGUUUGCCAUUGACUUAGGACCAGCCCUCUUGAAGCAUGAGGCUGGAUGUGUUACAUUGUAACUCCGAAGUUUUCUUUUUCUGGGCUGGCAUUCUAUCUACUCUACAUAUCCCCUGAGGAACUUGUCUAUAGUGCAUGAGGAUACAGGAGGCUGCCCUUCAUUUACAGCUACAAUAAAAAGAUGGUUGCCCUCUUCCGGAAGGAAUUUCUCCACCUUGGGUGCCAAAGGCCCCUGCAUUUUCAAGGCAUCUCUGGAAGAGGUCUCUGGUGUUGAAGUGCACUGGGCCACAUUCUCUUUUUUGGUCACCUCUGCUUGUUGUUAGGUUAGUUGCUGCCACCAGUUGAGCAGGGCUUGUGAAUCUUUGUCAGAAGGGUAUAUCAGAAAGUACUUAACAACAGGGGUCCUUUAAGGUUGAUAUGCUCACAAGAAGUUUUGUUCCUAUGUGUUUGAUUUCUUCCUUCUUACGGCACUCUCUGCGACUCCUUUGCCAUUUUCUAGGUCUGUAAAAGGAUUGCGUGCUAAGGACUCCAUCAAACAUUGGCAGUUCUUAUAAGUACAUCUGAAGUAUCAGUCCACUUUAUUCUCCACUCCUGCUGUCUUCUUAAGCCUUCUUUGAACGUUUCUAACAGUAAUGAAUUUACAGUAGGUGUAUAUAAACUGUAUGUUUUUGAGGAACAUCUGUCUAAGCCUGGGUAGUCAGGGUAAUAUGUUCUACAUUUUGUAGAGACUCACUCAAGUUAGUAGUCUCUCCACUUCAGAUGUCAUGGUGUUCCAGUUCAGAGCCUAACUGACCUUCUUCAGAAAGCUCCCCCAAACCCAAUUUUAAUUUAAUGGUUGCAGGCAGUAUUCAUUCUACUUUGUUUUGACUACAAAACUAUUGAAGGGGGGGGGGGAUGAGAAAUUCUGCUGUUGACAGUAGAUGUGCAUUUAGGGCUAAAGACCAUUUCCUUGCCCACAUCAGCCUCCAGUAGAGUGUCAUUUGAUCGUUUUAUUGUUAGGCAUUUCCAUCUCAAACCCCUUUCUUUGGGUGUUUCUGGCCUAUGACAGAAGGUACAGGAGCACAGCCUGUCUAUACUAUGUCACUAUUGGAGUUUGCACUUCCCUCUCUCCAAUGUAUCCCAAAGUUCAUCCGCAGAGAUGCCAGGGCUGCGCUAACAAAACAUCUCAAAGUGACAGACCCUGUAGACUCAAAUUCUAACUCUUUGCAUGCUGUGCUGUCGGAUCCACUGGCAGUUUAUUUUCACACAAAGCACAGAUGGGCAUUUCUUCAAAACCAGACAGCUACAAAUAAUAAAAAAAAGAAAACAUCCAUACAGCUAGGGGGUUGAUAUUUAAUAGUUGGCCUAUUGCCAGUGCUCCUUUGAAUACAGAGUAUUGCUGCUUAAAGCAAGACUAGCAAAAGAUGUUGUUUUAUAUGAUGCUACUCAAUACCCUGAUUAAUUAUGGGUCCACUGAAGUGAGUCGAGUCUGCAUUACCUUUUCAGGAGAGAACAAAGGGGUUGUCAUAGUACUAUUUUGACAUUCCUCCCCAAGUUGUUGCAUGUCUCACACGCAGGUUUGUGUACAUUUGUCAAUACAGUUUUGUGCCAGGAUUUCCAGACUUCAUAAUAUUAUUUUGAAAGAUAAAAUUAUACCUGGAAAUUAUGCCAGAAAUUCUAAAUUUGAUAUGAUUUUAAGUAUUUGGCCUUAUUUGAAGGAGUCCUGGUGGCAUCAUGGGGCACUUCUGUGUUAGGCUGCUGUCAGCUCAGUAGUUGCAGCCUACCUGCCGCUCCCUGGGGGAAAGAUGAGGCUUUCUGCCUAUUUAAAAAAAACCAAACGAUUGCUCUGAGUUGGAAUCGCCUCUGGCUAUGGGUUUGGGUUUUGAUUUGCUAUUUUUGGGGUAGUAUCAUGAGUAAUGUACUGGGCUGCUAAUCACAAGGUCAGCAGCUUGAAAUCACCAGCCACUCUGAGGGAGAAAGAUGAGUCUUUUAAUUCCUGAAAAGUGUAACAAUCUUGGGAAACCCACAGAGGCAGUUCUACCCUGUCCUAUAGGAUCACAGUGAGUUGGAAUCCACUCUAUGGCAGUGAUUUUUUAAAUCUUAUUAUUUGAAUAAGAGAAAAAAAGCACAAGUGAGAUGAGGCUUGACCUAGAGUCACUGUAGCCUGUGGAUAGGAAGUGACCCACCUGGACAAUUCUCAGAAACCCUAUGCAGUAGUUGUACUGUGUCCCACAGGGUCUCUUUCAGCCAGGAUUGACGCGAUGGCAGUGGUGGGUAGGCCUUUCUGGGAGUCCAUGGGCAGUAUAAGAGUAAAAACACUUACAUUAGGCUGCCAACAGAAAGGUUGGAGGUUCAAGUCUACCCAGGGGCACCUCAGAAGAAAGUACUAGUGAUCAGCUAUGGAAAACCCUGUGGAGCCAACUUCUCCUCCCUGCCCCUCAGGGGAUGGUGGGGAGUUGUCAGAGUCUAACUGGGCCUUUCUGAGUGAUCCUGGCUGUUGGUUCUGACUUAACCCACUGGGAAGGUAAGAUUUUAAAUUCCCAGUCCAAUUUUAUGAAAAGCUAAAUGCAAAGACUAGCUCAUGAGUAGUGAAUUAAAUGAUAAAGAGGUGAGUUAUACUAUAUUUGGAAUACAUUCAGGGUGUUUUUUUCACAAGCAUAUUAAAGUAUCAAAAAGUAAUGGCCAAUGUGCAGUGCAUCAGACCUGCUUCACCCAGCCCCAAGAAAUCAAUUCAUAACUUAGUAGUUCUACACUUGUCAUUUGGACAGAGACGGUGUUGAGGAGGGGUUUUCUACCUUUUCAGACUCCCCUGGAAUGUGAAGAGUUUGGUAAACAAGCAAAGGGAAGAUUGCAGGUGCUAACAACUUCAGAAAAAUCACAAAGCCCGUUGGUUACAACGUUCCCAUGCCCAUUACAAAUAUUCCAGCACUUACCUUUCUUUGGCAUGCUUACAUAUGCAAGGAGUCGUUGAUAAAUAUUGACCAGGCAGAUAAUCCAGAAGUAUUCCCUGGCCUUUCUAUCUCAGUCCCUCCCCACACAUAAUCCCAGCCCUCUGUCUCCCUCUUAAACAAAAGGUCCCCGGCAAUAGGAAGAUGAAAACAUUCUGGUCAAACAGUUUCCAAUAUAUAUUGACAAAAAGUACAACUUGUUGUAUUUUACUUCUGCUCUAUUUACUGCAUUUAGCUUUCAUUGUUCUGUUCACAAACAUCAAAAUAUUUUUUUCCCUAAAGGAUAAACAUUGAAGAUAGCUUCUGUAGUAGACUCCUCACCAUUCUGCUGUUUGCUGUGCUCAUUUGUUGACAGAGUUGCGUGAGAAAAGCCACUGCAGUGAAGUGUGUGUGCUGGGGUGGGGGGAAGGGCUGGGGAAAUGUUUUAUGAAAGAAGUUAUAAGCCUAAUACUAUGAAGUAACAUCUAAUGAAGUUUCUUUUUAAGUGCAAUAUAUUUAUUUCUGCUAGAAAUGUAUUAUCGGCAUUAUGUAAUAUUGGAAGCAUUACAUGUUAUUUGUAAACAGCUUAAAAUUAUAUAUUACCCAGAAUUGUACAGAA